CGCGCUGGGUCGGAAAACGGGGAGGAGGCACUGUUGUAGUAAACGCUGGCCAGCUGCUGACCUCCGCUGAGUCAGCCUGCAGCUGGGGAUUGUACGUGGCAGCUGUGUCCCUACUGAUUCCAGAGUUCUGCACCUCCUACCCCACCUCGCGGAGCCCGACAGUAGCACCCCGGAGGCUCCAGAUCCUGUCCGGUCAGGGUAGAGAAACCGGUGGCUGCCCUAGGGACCCUCUGGGUGGCAGAUUCCACUUCAAGCUUGCGCCCCUUUCUCGGAACUACGUUUCCCACAACCGCGCGCGGCACCUCUCGUGAAGCCUCGCGAGUGCGAGAGCCAGCAACUUCCUGCUUCGCGGAGGGCCGCGCGGCCGGCGACCCCGGAAGUAGGGUGGAACCGUGUGACUCAUUUCUUCCUGGGGUUGACACACCAUGGCUGAAGCAGACACCGACAGAAACCAGACUGAGAUGCUUCUAAAAAGAAUACAAGAACUGGAGCAGGAAGUACAAAGACUUAAAAAGGAACAGUCCAACAACAUCAAAGACCCAAACAUUAAAGAAAACUCUUCAGGAUCUGCAAAAGCUAAGCGUGUAUUUGACUUCAGUGCCCACAGCCGACGGCGUGUAGCCCUAAGGAUAGCCUAUCUGGGCUGGGGAUACCAGGGCUUUGCUAGUCAGGAAAACACGGACAAUACCAUUGAGGAGAAACUGUUUGAGGCCAUGACCAAGACUCGGCUGAUAGAAAGCAGACAGACAUCCAGCUAUCACAGGUGUGGGCGGACGGACAAAGGAGUUAGUGCCUUUGGUCAGGUGAUUUCUCUGGACCUGCGGUCUCAGUUUCCAAGGGGCAAAGAUUCAGAAGAUCUUAAUUUAAAAAAUGAAGUCAGUGACGAUGCCAAAGAGAUCCGGUACACCCACAUUCUCAAUCGGGUCCUCCCUCCAGACAUCCGUGUCCUGGCCUGGGCCCCUGUGGAACCUAGCUUCAGUGCCAGGUUCAGCUGUCUUGAGCGCACGUACCGCUAUUUUUUCCCUCUGGCUGAUUUAGACAUUGUAAGGAUGAAUUAUGCGGCCCAGAAGUAUGUUGGUACCCAUGAUUUCAGGAACUUGUGUAAAAUGGAUGUAGCGAAUGGAGUGAUUAAUUUUCAGAGGACCAUUCUGUCUGCUGAGGUGCGGCUGGUGGGGCAGAGCCUAUGUGCAGAGAGCUGGCAGGAGCCCUUCCAGUUAUGUCAGUUCGAAGUGACGGGGCAGGCCUUCCUUUACCACCAAGUCCGCUGCAUGAUGGCUGUCCUCUUUCUGAUUGGCCAAGGCAUGGAGGAGCCCCAAGUUAUUGACGAGUUGCUGAAUAUAGAGAAAAAUCCCCAGAAGCCUCAAUACAGCAUGGCUGUAGAAUUUCCUCUAGUCUUGUAUGACUGUAAAUUUGAAAAUAUCAAGUGGAUCUAUGAUCAUGAGGUUCAGGAGUUCAAUGUUACUCACCUACAACAGCUGUGGGCUAAUCAUGCUGUAAAAAGCCACAUGCUGUAUAAUAUGCUGCAAGGACUGGACUCUGUCAUGUUACCCUAUAGAACAGAGCCGAACAUGGAUGGAAUGACAGACCAGAGACACGUUAGGCCCUCAGUCAUAAAGCAGACUAGUGCCUUUGUAGAAGGCGUGAAGAUGCGCAAAUACAGGCCCCUCAUGGAGCGCCCCAAGUGCCAAGGACUGGAAUCCCGGAUUCAGCAUUUUGUUCGUAGAGGGCGCAUCGAGCACCCACGUGUAUUCCAUGAGGAAGAAACAAAAGCCAAAAGGGACUGUGACACAUUGGAAGAAGAGAAUGCAAUUUUAGAGAAACCAAAAAAGAAGGUCUGUGUAGAUGGAGAAAUUAAAAACAUUAUUUAAUCACAGCAAACUUAUUAGGAUGUAAGAGACAACAACCUGCUAGUGUAGAUAGGUAGAAAGGAAAUACAAAAAAAUUUAUUGCAACAAGUUCUGGAAAUUCUGAUGAUCAACUCUUUAAAAAAUAAAAUUGUUAAGGCCUAAUUAAGGAAGUUCUUAAGAAAGAGACCGUGCUGGGCGUGGUGGUACAUGCCUAUGGUGGUGGUACAGCCGUGGCAGGAAGACUGCUGUGAGUUUUAGUGUGGAAUAUAUAGUGAGGUCAAGGCCAGUCUGAACUGUAUAGUGGGACCGUGUCUCAUAAAAACAAAAUAAAACAAGAGAUUGAGAUGGAACAUUUUUCUCAUUCUUGUCCAAAUGAGAUUUAAAAAGGCAAAAAACAACUACAAUUUAUGUAUACCUGGAAACACGUGCCUUGUGUUUAAAUUCAUUAAAACCUGAUCCCACAAGCA